UACACAUGCAUAGAAUACUCUGCAAGGAAGGAGACUACUUACAACGUUUUACUUAAUGUAAAAUUCUAGUGAUAUUGUACAGUUUUGAUGACACUAGACAAAAAAGUAACGUACUGUAGAACUUUAAAAUGUCACCAGAAACAUAAGCGACAGGUUUUAUCCUCGUUUAGUGAGAUACUGGCAAUUUUAGAACCGCUAAGGCUUCAAAAGGCAUUAGAUAAGAGAGCCCAAAUAGCAUUAAUAGAACUUAUAAGGGUGUUUUAGGCCAUGUUGUUUCUUUACUGUAGGAUAAAGGGCACCAAUCAUUUUUCCAAAAGUUUGAAUUGUUAAAGUGAGGUAAAUAUAAAGGAUUUGGAAAUAAAGUGUGUCAUGGAAUAUACGAUGUAAAAAAAAAAAAUAGUCAUCACCAUAUUGUGGAGGAGAUUAGCCGUUUAGCCGUGUUCUGAGUAUUUUCAUUAUUUCAUCGUUUUUUUAACUGUUAGGCAUAAGGAAAAUCACUCCCAACUAUUGGACAGCAAUAAAUUUCGGUUUGUAAUGUCAAAGCCUGGAGUUAUAGAAUAGAAGCAAUGAAAUGCGAGUGUACUGUACACACAGUAGCAAUACUGUAGUUUGAGCUAUUUCAGUAGAGAAUAUCAUUGUCUGCCUCCAGAGUACCAGGAUGAUUACAAAGAUGCGACCAACCCAUAAAGAUAUGUAAAUGAAAUGUCCCAAAGUGGUUUCCUCCAUAUUGCUGUGUCCAGGUGAAGUGGCACAUGCGCCUUUGAUUUCCCAUCGCUUCCUCCGGUUUUAAACGUGGUUUCUGGUCCAACAGACCACUAGAGGCUAUCAAAAAAUUGGGUUAUGGAAAAGUUUUAUAUAAUGAUUAAAGACGAUAAGAUCGUGAAUACAUCAGACAGAAUACUCUGUUACAAAUGAUAUGUCAAGUGUGAUCUCUGAAAAAGUCUUGACGGCAUAAAAUUAGUUGUAUGGUUAAAUGUUAGUAGUGAGUAUGACUAGCUAUAAGGUAAAUGCUCGCAGAGCCUUCCUUUAAAUAAUGUGCAUUACAUUUGCACUUACCCUUUUUAGUAUUACAUUUGUUUACAUACUCGGUCUAUCCUCCUCCUUGUGUAUUACCUUACCUGUCCACACAUCCUGCAGCCACCCUUGUAAAGCUUCUGUUUCUUCUGUAUAUACAUCUUUGCUUUCCUAUCACUGGUGCUAUGAUUGUGAUGGUGAUGAGCAGCCCGACCCUGUGGACGAUGGUGGGGAGGCGGUGUGGGCGUGGGGGGACUGGGUGUCUUUCUCACCCACACAGAUCACCGGCCAAGACAUCGCCUUGUUCAGGGUAUUCGCCAAGGACAUUGAUGUAGGCAUGAAUGCUGAUUUGGACUACAGCAUAAAGACAGGCAAAGGGAAAGGACGCUUCAAGAUUCACCCGAAGACCGGCCAAGUGUUCACCAGCAAGGCGUUUGCUCCAGGACAGACUUUCGACAUUAUGGUCCAGGCCAAGGAUAACGGUCGACCGCAGUUGAGCGCUACCACCAGGGUGCUGGUGAGAGUCGUGCCAGUGCCGGCGUCCUCGGACAAUCCUCCAGUAGUUUCGACGCCCAUUCCCGUCCACGUUAUGGAAACCGACCCGCCGGGGCACCUGGUGGCGUUCAUCAGCGCUCACGACCCUGACAACGAUACGCUCUGGUACUAUCUCACAG